AUGGGCUCCGUCGACAAUAACAGAACGUUCACAGCGGCGUUUGACCGUGGCAACCGCCCGGCGCCGUACCCACUGCCCAAAACAGCGUACAAUGCCCACCAGCCCGUUUCGGCCGUCGUCAUCGGCGCCGGCAUCGCGGGUAUCGCCACGGCCGUGCUCCUGCAGGCCAAGGUGCCGAAUUUGACCCUCACCGUCUACGACCGCCACGCACGCGUUGGCGGCACAUGGGAGGAGAACCAGUACCCCGGCGUGCGCUGUGACGUGCCCUCGCACGCGUACCAGCUGUCCUUUGCGCCGAAUCCGCACUGGACGGAAUUCUAUGCCAAGGGCGCGGAGAUCCGGGAGUACUACGAGGCGACUGUCAAGAAAUUCGGUGUCGACAAGCACCUGCGGCUGCAGCACGAAGUGGUCAGGGCUGUGUGGGACACCGACGACGCACACUGGCAAAUUACGGUGCUGGACCUGGUGUCCGGGGCGGAGUCCACCGUGGCGGCACAGUUUCUCAUCUCCGCCACCGGCCGGCUGAACAAUGCCGCACCGCCCAGCAUUCCAGGCCUGGACACCUUCCAGGGAGCUGUCGUGCAUACCGCUCGCUGGGACCAACACAGCGCCGCCGACAUCCUCGACAACAAGCGAGUCGCCGUCAUUGGCAACGGCGCCAGCGGCAUGCAGGUCUUGCCGGCCGUUCUGCCGCGCGUGGCCCGUCUGCGCCACUUUGCCCGCACACGAAACUGGGUGUCGGCGGCAUUCAACGGUGGACUCACAGCGCGUGCGGCGCAGAAGGGCAACCCGGCCGGCCACGCGAUCCCCGAAGCGACGCGCAAGCACUUUGCAUCCCGCGACGGCCAAAGAGACUAUCUGGCAUAUCGCAAAGAGCUCAAUUCUACCUUCCACGCGGGCAUCGCCGGCUUCUACGCGGGAAGCGACGCCAACGCCAAGCUGCGCAAGGACUUGACGGCCCUUAUUUCAGAACGCGUCAACCACGACCCCGAGCUGCUGGCCAAGCUGAUCCCCGACUAUGCCCCCAUGUGCAAGCGCUUGACACCCGCCCCUGGCUACCUCGAGGCCCUCAGCGACCCCAAGGUCGACUUUGUGCAGACGCCCAUUGCGCGCGUGACGGCCAGCAGCAUCGAGACGACCGACGGCCAGUCCUUUGCCGUCGACACCAUCAUCACCGCCACCGGCUUUCCCGACAACUACACCCCUGCGUAUCCGCUGGUGGGCCGUUCUGGCACAGACCUCCGCGACAUCUGGGGCCCCGGCGGCCGUGUCGGCUACCCAAAAACCUACUUUGGUGUCAUGGCCCCCGACUUCCCAAACUACUUUUUCGUCCUGCAGGCCCAGGGCACACCCUUCUCCGGCACCGUCCCCGUCAAGUGCGAGCAGACCGCCACGUACAUUGCCGCCUGCAUCCGCAAGGUGCAGGCCCAGUCGUACGCGGCGCUCGAGCCGACGCAGGACGCCACGGACGACUUUGACGCCGUGGUCGAGGGCUUCUUCGCCGACAAGGCAACGACCGACACGUGCAGCAGCUGGUGGAAGCAGGGACCGGGGCCCAGCCGCGUUACCCUGGGCUGGCCCGGCACGAUGCACCACAAGGGCGACGUGACCCGCACGCCGCGGUGGGAGGACUUUGCCUUCCAGCGGCGCAAAGAGGCCGCGGCCAAUCGCUUCCAUUAUUUCGGCAGCGGCUUGACAGCGCGGGAGGAAGACGGCGAUCCGGACGAGCUGACGUCGUACUUGACGACAGCCGACGAGCUCGACCUGCAAACGCUGCACGAGGGGUGGACGAGGGGCUAUUGA